AUCAACCAGCAUGUUGUGAAUCAGCGUGCUACUCAGUAGUGCUACUCUGAAUUUCGACUGUUUGGUAGCUUUAGAAUAUUAUUUUUUUGCUUUAAAAAUGAGUGAAAUACAUUGGGGCAUUGUAUGUGACCAUUGCGAAAAAGCAUCGUUUGGAGGUUUUCGCGUUGCAUGUUUAGUCUGCAGAGACUACGAUCUCUGCGAGGAGUGUCACCGUAAGAAACGCGUCAGCCUCAACCAUCAGGCGUAUCAUCCGAUGUUGAUGAUUCCCCCGCCGAAAAAAAUGAACGAAAUUUUGGACCAUCCAGAGCAGACUCGAAUCUUCCGCUGUCCAAAUUGUGGCGACGGAAAUUUCAACGUCCAGGAACUGUCGGCGCACUGUUUGGAAUAUCACUCGUACAAGAGUUGUAAGGUACGCUGCCCGAUAUGUGUUACAUUCAGAACCGAGGGCAGGAAGGGUUGGAUCGCUGAAGACACUCUGUUGCUGCACUUGCUAGCGAGUCACCAGAAUGAUAAGGGUUUUGUUUUAGGUGCAGUGGGUAGAAACGGAAACCAAGAAUGUUCCGUUUGCAUCGAAGAAAUUACUGUUGAAAAUUUCAAAAGACUGAUUUGUGGUCACGCGUUUCAUGUUGCAUGUAUUAAUACAUGGUUGCAGGAAAACAACAACUGUCCUAUGUGCCGUACGGAGAUCAAUUAAUCAAAAUCGCUGAAAUAAAUCUUCUAAUUGUAUAAACAUUUG